AUGGACUAUGACGAUGGAGCUGUGACUGACGAUGCCAUCCAAACCGGGCUUCCUCUAGCUCAGUCUGCAGCCGCUGCCACCCAGGAAUUGACUGCCAGGCUGGCUCCCUCGCCCUCGACCAAGACGCGCUCUUUAUCGGACGGAGGAUGCAGCACGUCCAGCUGCCGCAGGCUGUCUCCGCCGCCGUUGUUCCUCGAUCCCAACACCCGACGGACAUGCAGGGAUGAUAGUUUUAUUGGCAGCUCGACGGUGGAUACCGUACCGGUCACCCCCAGACGUCCGUCCUCGUUGCAAUAUCGGGGUGCUUCCCUGCAGCUGCCAGCCAGCCAGCCACCAUCAGCCCAGCAGCCACAACAUCCGUCUACGCCUGCUUCUAGUAGCAGUGCACAUAUCUUGCAGCAGCAGCAGCAGUUCUUCCUCAACCAGCCUACGUACAUGGCAAAGCCGACGCCGCUCUCUCCGAAACUCGAUCCCUCUCAGAUCUAUGCGUCCCCUACAAACAUCCUGCCACGCCGAUCUCGCGGCCUCGAUUUUUCACGGGCGGCCACCAGCCUGCACCACUCGACUCUCGCAGAGCAGUCGUCACCCGACUCGUCACCUCUCGUUUCCGGCAGCCACGCGGCCAUGAACAUUCCUGGCAGGAAGCCUGGCGAUUACGGAGGUGCCACCGAGUCAUCCACAUCGCUGUGGUCGAUGAUGGGUCGCAGCCAGGAGAAGGCGCAGCCGUCGGGGUCCCUGGGUAGCGUCAAUUACGCUUGCUCCGACUCGUCGUCCAGCUCUGACGACAACGACCUGAUGGACGAGGACUUGGAUGAGCCGUUUGUCACGACGCCGCAGGUCGGCAGGGUGACCACGCCAUCGAUGACGCCGACGGCGCCUUCCACCCAGUCCUGGAUGCCAGGCUCGCCCGCCAUGAACAGCCUGCUGUCCUUUCAGAACCGCCAGCGACCACGGAAGCAGCCCAGACGAAAGGUGCGCGGGCCCCUUGGCUUAGGAUUCAGCUCCAUCUUCACCCCGCCGCCGGCUGCAUCGCCCGCGGGCAUGAGCACGUUGUCCAGGUCUCCGCCUGGCUACAUACUGGGACGAGAUGGCGGGACCGUGGCGGCACAGCAGUCACACGCCCGUCGGGAGAGUAUCAGCUGGGCCGCCAACCAGCUGCAUAUCUCGGGAAGCGAGAGCGACGAUAGCCCGAAAGCACACACCGAGGCUGGGGAAGGGCCCGUCUUGACGCCCGGCCGUGAUGGCCAGCGGGGAGUAGUCCGUCGUGUGGUGACGCGGCGUGGAAACCUUUUGGGCUUCGCACGGAUCCGGGCCGCGCUCGCUGAAGAGAGCACGCCGGUGGAGUCGGACUUCCGACGCGAGGCCGAGGUUGUUCGCCAGGUGCUCGAGAGCGACAUGGAGCCCGAGCUGCUCCGGCCGCGGCCUCCGCCGCCCCUUCGGUCUGUGGCGACAACGCCCAACUCGAGUCCGAACAUGCCAGAAAACCUGGACGACCUUGCGGACGACGUUAUGGCCAUGGAUGCAGCCUCGGCCGGUCUGGGGCUCUCGGUGGGUGCCAAGUUGCCGACCGACAGACGUCGUGCCCGGAGCCCGUCGAUGUGGGCAAACCUUGGUCUUCACGGCGCCUCUGCACGCACAACGCCGCCGCGCCAGCCCUCGUGCCUGUCACCUGACGAUGUUUCGAUGGACUCGCCUCUGGGGACCGGCUCAGGCUCGAGCAGCAACAUGGUCUUUCCGAGCGGCGCAGUCUUCGCCCUGACGGCCAGCUCCUCCAGAGGUGACACGCCACAGCCGGGCCUUAAGGGGACAUCAGCAGCACCAGCCGGUCCUGCCAAUUUCAAGCGCCGUGCCGUCAGCCCGGGCAUGAGCGUGCACAACAGUCCGAUCACGCAGAGCCCGCUGCAGCGGGACACAAUGCCGUGGGGCGGUCCGUCGUCGCGACCGGGAAGCAACAGCGGAAGCUUGGACGCCAAGUUCUUCCCGCCGCUGCCAAUCAGUGGUAUCAGUGGUGGCAGCGGAGGCGCGAUCUUGGCAGACGGCACUGCGGGUGUCAAUCGAGCCGGUGGCAGCAAGGGCCGCGUAGGAUACCAGACCAUGGCGGAUGCCAACGAUAGCAUCACGCGUCUGAGCAUCGAAUGA